UUUUAGAGUGUUUUUCCUUCUUCUUCAAGAGCUUCUAGCUCCACCAUUAAUGACUUUUAAGCCUAAAUCAUGUACCGUGUACACACCUCCGAUAUUAAUAAAAAUCCCCCGUUGGCAAGGUACUGCCAAAAAAGGCCCGUAGUUUUCUCCUGAUUUGGGUUUCCACGUAAAAAUCUCCGUGUUUAUAUUUUGGUGUAUUUUUAGACUAGUUUAUCGUUUUAGCCGGGCUAAAAACGAUAUACUGGUCGACAAUUUACACCAUCAUUUUGGCGCCGACCGUGGGACCUGAACAAAUAGCCAUGUUCAUCUUUUUCUUACUGCAAAAAUGUUACGAAAGAGGAGAGGCAGGGGAAGUUUAAAAUCUCAAUUCUUGCAAAAAUAAAGGAGAAAAAAACAUGGAGGCGUGGCUUUGUUUGUAAAUUAGCCAAACUAUUGACCCAUUGAGGAUGGGAUUUGUUUUGCGGCAACUGUAAAGACAAGAGGAGGCUGGAGUCCUCCACGAGAGUUUUUGACCGCCGCCAUCUUGGGGUCCGCUGUAGUUGAUGUUGCGGCUGAGGUCGGCAUCACCGGGGCCUCAAUUCUCCACUCCACUCCCCAAUUUGGCAGCCCCGACCCAUGCUUCUCCCGCCGCCACCGUCGAAGAGGAGGAGGAAGACAACCACACUGUCGGCACCAAAGCAAGCCAUUACUCUAUCCGAGAGCAAGUAGAUAGCUCCGUUGCAGCCGCAAUACCAUUGCCAUGGUUAUACGAUGCGGGUCAAAUCUAUCACCGCCAUCUUCAGAGCCAGCCAUUACUACCGACGAAGCCAAACAUCGAUGGUGCCACUGUUGAAAUCCGUCUCCGGGGCCGUUGGGUUCAACCAUCGCCGCCGCAGGGUUCGGUUGCUGCUGUCGCCGGAUUCGCCCCUAUUCGAAUUGACGGCUUGAAGACUGUCGUAGCAUCAUCUACUGGUAUAGAUCACCACCGCCCACUCUUUGUGUAAAGAUGUUCUCGCCGCUGCUCAAUUUCACGUCCAUUGCUAGAUCUGUUCUUAGCCGGAGGAAUCCACCAUCGCCACCGCCAAUGGUGUUAGCCAUUGCGGACGCCGAGGUGCCGCCAUCAAUAUCGUCAUCAAAAACCUUCGCCGUCACUGCUAGAGUUUGCCGGCGAUGUUGCUCAUAUUCACCGCCAUCAUAUUUUAAAUUUGCGACUGCCCAAACCUCUACUGGCGUCAUUAUUGGAGAUGAAAAUCACUAUCGCUGGUGCCUAUUUGUACCGUCAAAGCUGGUGAGAGGGCUUUUUGAUUUCUCUGUCACUACUACUACGGCCAGAAACCAAAGCCAAGGAGGAGAGCAUUAAUUCAUUAUCCAAGCCUCAAAUCUGUCAAUUAUUGCAUGCACGAGGAAGGACAUGUAGAUUGCCCACAUGGUCUAGGUCGACCAUCUAUCAUCGGUCUCUUUCCCCGGUUGGGCAAGACCCGGUGACCAGAGACUUAUUCAGGAGGCCAAAGUGAAGCCGGACGCCGUGGUGGUGCUCGAUGGAACGGGGAAUUUCAGUGACACCGUCGCCGCCGCACCGGACGCAAUCUCAUCGUCGAUAUGAGAUCUUCCACAUCAAAAAUUGCUGCCCCCGCCGAUGAAGAUUGAUGGUCGUUACGACUAUCGAAGUCUUCCAAAUCUGAUAGUUGCUGGGCCGCCUUGCCCGAAUUGAAGACCACUCAGCUCAAAAUCUACUUUGGCCUUGCUGUAGAUCCCAUUGGAGAAGAAGACAAACAAAAAAACGAAAGAGAUAAAGUGAAGAUACUUACACUGAUCUACAAAGAAAAAGAGGCCCACCAAUUUUGGAGAGAAUUGGAAUUAUUCGUUUGGCCUUGUCAAGAGGGAUAAGGAAUCAAGGAUCAAGGUGUUAAUGGGGUCCACCAACUAGCAAUAUGGCGUGG